AUGCCCAAGAUCAUCUCGCGCUCCGUCAUUUCCGCCUCGGCGCCCGACGACACCUUUCUGCCCUCCUCCCUGAAAUCCUACUACUGUCUUUGCGGAGAGUUUAUCCUCGUGCUGGAUGGAGAUCUGCGAUCUUGUCCCACGCGUCCAUUGGACGGCUCGUACUGCCUCAAUGUCAACAGCACGACCGAUUCCAAUGGACGUCUACGCAAUGGUCGCACCUUCAAAGUCAACGCUCGACAAGCGGGUGCGGUACUGCUUCGAAGGGCGGAUCCGAACGCUGCCGGGAAUAGUCCUGUUGUGGAGAGGCAGUACAGGUUCGAAUGUCCCAGAUGCUCCUUGUGCGUGGGCUACGAGAAUACACCUCCUCCGCUCAAGAGCGGCAGGUUCACCUACAUCCUCAAGGGCGCCCUGAGCGACGUGCAAGGUCGUCCACCCAAGGAUGCGCUGCUGGACGAAUGA